AUGCAGGACGCCUGGACUGCUCGCAAAGCUGAGGAGAUCCAAGGCUACGCGGACCACAACGAAUGGAAGAACUUCUUCUCUGCGAUCAAAGCUGUCUACGGUCCGCCGACGAAGGGCACUGCUCCUCUCCUCAGCGCCGACGGCAACACUCUCCUGACUGAGAAGACGCAAAUCCUACAGCGAUGGGCCGAGCACUUCCGAGGCGUCCUCAACCGCCCCUCCAUCAUCUCCGACGCCGCCAUCGAGCGUUUGCCGCAAGUGGAGACCAACGUGAACCUCGACCUCCCGCCAUCUCCCCAGGAGACCAUCAGGGCCGUGCAGCAGCUCCCCAGCGGGAAAGCACCCGGAUUGGACGCAAUCCCUGCUGAGAUCUACAAGCACGGAGGUCCCCAACUGAUGGAUCACCUGACUGCGCUCCUCCAAGAGAUGGGGCGUCAAGGUGAAGUCCCGCAAGAUUUCAAAGACGCAACCAUCGUGCAUCUCUACAAGCGCAAAGGGAAUCGCCAAGUCUGCGACAAUCACCGCGGCAUCUCCCUGCUGAACAUCGCCGGGAAGAUCUUCGUCCGCAUCCUUCUCAACCGCCUCAAUAACCAUCUGGAACAGGGCCUUCUGUCGGAAAGCCAAUGCGGCUUCCGUCGUCAUCGUGGGACCACGGAUAUGAUCUUCGCCGCCUGUCAACUUCAGGAGAAGUGUCAGGAGACGCGGACCCACCUGUACUCUACCUUCGUGGACCUGACGAAAGCCUUCGACACGGUGAAUCGUGAAGGACUGUGGAAGAUCAUGCAGAAAUUCGGCUGUCCGGAGCGAUUCACUCAUAUGGUGCGUCAGCUGAGCGACAGUAUGAUGGCGCGAGUCACGGACAACGGAGCUGUCUCAGAGGCAUUCGCAGUGAUCAAUGGAGUGAAGCAGGGCUGCGUACUGGCGCCUACCCUCUUCAGUCUUAUGUUCUCUGCCAUGCUGUUGGACGCCUACCGCGACGAACGCCCCGGGAUCCGCAUCGCCUACAGGACGGACGGUCACCUCCUGAAUCAACGGCGGAUGCACUUCCAAUCGCGCGUAUCCACAACCACCGUUCACGAACUCCUCUUCGCCGACGACUGCGCCCUGAACACCACCUCGGAAGAGGAGAUGCAACGCAGCAUGGACCUGUUCUCCGCCGCCUGCGAGAACUUCGGUCUGGUCAUUAACACGCAGAAGACGGUGGUGAUGCACCAACCGCCACCUAACUUAGCCACAGCCCCCAACGCGCCGCCUCAAAUCAGCGUGAACGGAACCAAACUGCAAGUGGUGGAGAACUUCCCAUACCUGGGCAGUACUCUCUCCCGCAACACCAAGAUCGACGACGAAGUCGCCAACAGGAUCUCGAAAGCCAGUCAAGCCUUCGGUCGCCUCCAAAGCACAGUUUGGAAUCGCCACGGUCUUCAGCUGAGCACGAAGCUGCAGAUGUACGAGGUCGUCAUCCUGCCGAAACUACUGUAUGGAGCGGAGACUUGGAAGGUGUACGCAAAGCAGGCACGCCGUCUGAACCACUUCCACCUCAGUUGUCUUCGUCGCAUCCUGCGGCUGAACUGGCAGGAUCGCAUCCCCGACACUGAUGUGCUGGAACGAACGGGAAUGCUCAGCAUCUACUCCAUGUUGAGACAAAUGCAGCUGCGCUGGAGCGUCCACCUGGUGCGCAUGGACGACGAGCGGCUACCCAAACGACUCUUCUACGGAGACGUCGCGACGGGUUCUCGUCGUCAAGGAGGCCCAAUUCGUCGAUACAAGGAUACCCUGAAGUCCUCCCUGAAGCUACUGCAAAUCAACCCGACCAACUGGGAAGAGCUCGCCUGCGAUCGUCCGGCAUGGAGGAGAACAGUGAAGACGGGCGCUGCGAUCUACGAAGCCAACCGCAUCGCUGCCGCCAAAGCGAAACGCGAAGCCCGCAAAUCACAACUUCGCCCAGUACGCAACGACGCCUCAGAACCGCUUCCAACGUGUUCUCGAUGUCAACGGACAUUCCGGGCUCGAAUCGGACUUGUUGGACAUCUUCGAAUUAACUGCGCCUCUCGAACUGCAUCAACCAUCGUCCCCCCGGCCGCCUCUUCCUCCUCCUCUCCGUCGCCAACUAACUCUGACAAUUCUUCUGACCCACCACUUCCAUCCUCCUCCUUCUCCUCCUCCUCCUCCUCCUCCUCCUCCUCCCCCUCCUCCCCCUCCUCGCCCACCGCUCCAACGACGGCCGCUCAGACGACUGUCCCGCGCGCAAAAACCGACACUACCACCGCCUUCCCCGACUCCAGCGAUGAGGAUCAGGACUACACCUGCCCUCACUGCGACCGCACCUUCACCUCACGCAUCAGCCUGGUCGGUCACUUGAGAAUCCAUCGCACAGAGACUGGCGAACCAGUGCCUGGAGCACCCAUCUAUACCCACCUAGCUCGUCUCAACUGCCCACACUGCCCUCGCACUUUCAGGCAUCGCAUGGGCCUAUUCGGCCACGCAUCCACGACGACCUGCGGUAGACAACCGCCGGUCACACCACACAUUCACUCACUCCCUACCUUCUCCACUACCACCAUCACCCCACCAGAAAUCAACACUCACACACCUCAUGCACCCAACUGCCACCUCCCACGCAAGUGA